CCAUCACCGAUUGUCGUCAUGGCUGCUGGGACAAAGUGGCAGCUGCUGUCGGCGGCCAUGCGACGCCCAGCCAGAGGUGCCUGGCCAUCAAUUGCCUCAGCAUCGGCGAUCAGGCCAAGUGCCAGGCUAGCUGCGAUUCCCGCGCGGACCCUCACAUACCGAUCACCAAGACAAAGCAGGCCUUUUUCCUUCUCAGCUCCUCGCAGAGACAAGAACUUUGCAGCUGCCACCGACCUCGAGACGUCCUCGCCGAUUGCCCGAUAUGACAGCCUGGUCAAAAAAGGGCUUCUUCGAGAGGACUCGUACCAGCGAAAAAUUGUCGGAAAGCUCGAAGCGCUGCACGAGGAACUCAAGAGUUACACGCAGAAGCUGCAGCCAGAGCCUCGCUCGCCCACGCACGAUGGCGGAUUUCUUUCACGCCUAUUUGGGCGGAGACCGCCGACAGUGGGGGAGCAGGAAAGCAUCACCAUCCCUUCCGAUAUCCCCAAGGGCCUCUAUCUCUACGGAGACGUGGGUACGGGAAAGAGUAUGCUGAUGGAUCUUUUCUACGAUACGUUGCCGGCCAACAUUACAAAGAAACGACGAGUACACUUUCACCAAUUCAUGAUCGAUGCUCACAAGCGCAUGCAUGCAUUUAAGGCGCUCACGCACCGCCCUAGCGGCAUGGUCAUGUCUGCACGCAGCGCAGCAUUCAACGCCGUCGGAGCUGGUGGCGCCGCGGGCGGAGGCAAAGAGCGAUCGCAGUUGAGCAAGGAUGCGGGAGAAGAGGUGGACCCGAUUCCUCACGUCGCACGAGAAUUUGCGGAAGAGGCCAGCGUGCUCUGCUUUGACGAGUUCCAAGUGACAGACAUUGCAGACGCCAUGAUUCUUCGGCGGUUGUUUGAGCACAUGCUCGGUCACGGCGUUGUCUGUGUCGCCACGUCCAACCGACACCCGGAUCAACUGUACAAGAAUGGCAUCCAGCGCUCGUCAUUUGUGCCCUGCAUCGAGCUCCUCAAGAAGCAGCUCGACGUCACCGACCUGGACAGCGGGACCGACUACCGCAAGGUGCCACGGGCGCUGUCCAAAGUCUACUUUUCUCCCCUUUCGCCCGAGAACCUGUCGGAGAUGAACAAGCUCUGGGACGCCCUGACGUCCGAUGAAGACGUUGUCACAAAUCGACCCCUAACAAUCUGGGGAAGGACGCUGCCCGUCCCGCUCUCAACGCCUCGCGUUGCUCGCUUCACAUUCAUGGAACUCUGCGGCCGGCCGAGGAGCGCGGCAGACUACAUUGAAGUGUGCCGAUCGUUUGGCACCAUUUUCAUCGACGAGAUUCCCGAAAUGGGUCUGCAUCAAAAGGACCUGGCCAGACGCUUCAUCACAUUUGUCGAUGCCGCAUACGAGUCCAAGGUCAGACUCUUUGCGAGCAGCGAGGUCGAGAUGAUGAAGAUCUUCAGCAAGGGCGAAAGGACACAAGAUGGCCCUACGCCAGACCAACUGAGAGCGCUUAUGGAUGACUUGGGACUGACGAUGGACCAGAUGGGCGGCCUACCACUGGCUACUGGCGAAGAGGAAAUCUUUGCCUUUGCACGCGUACUGAGCCGGUUGAGCGAGAUGAGCUCAAAGCAGUACGCGGAGCUUGCCGGGGGCCAGCACGAGGCCCCGCCAGAGUAUUGAGCAUGCCACACGCGUCGGCUCUACGGACACCAUGCCAAAGAUCGUAGUGGGACCCUAGUGCUGGGCCUGGAAGAUGAGGCGCAGUCUGGAACAUGUCUAGAGAUAUCCAUUGAAUAGAUGCUCGAAUGAACAACAUUGGAAG